UGUCCACCUUGCAUUUGAAUCGCCAUCUUAUUCUAAAUGAUGCUGUAGUCGUUUGUUGAAUUACCCUAUUUUCGAACAAAAGAUGGAAGGUGUCAUUGGAACAGGGAUCGUAUUACUAUUUUUUUCAUUGUUGUCAUUUCUGCCUGUACAUCUCUCCAGUGCUCUUUUGCUUCUCUUGUGUGCAUUCUUUACCUUUCCUCGUCUUUGCCGCCCCCUUCCUCCAUCAACGCCCUCUUUCCUACCCAUUGAACCCGUUGACUCAUCCACACUCUUUUCUCGCCGCUCUCCAUCUUACACACUACAGACGCCGUUGAUGCGCAAUCAGGAGGCUACCAACCAAGUCUGUGUCAACUGUGAGAUCAACCCACCCGUCGACCCCGAAGAAGAAGAGAGCCAGCAUCUUUCGCCACUGCCUCAGGAACACCAACCAAAAUCAGACUCUCAGCAGCUUGAAACUAAAAAGCCCAACAGUGGCCCUAUCAUGUCCCUCCCCCCACCGACCUCUGCCUUGCCUGCGAUCCCUUCACCCGGGCCACUGCGGCCCAUGCCAUCACCAAAUAACCGCGUCUCUGUCCUGGAUCCCAUGAUGGAUGCAGUUCGUAUGAACUACCGCACCCCCGCAGGGCGCGACUCAUCAGUGCUCUUGCCGUCCGACUAUCCUCGUCCUCCUCCACCUCCAGGAUCGACUACGCCCUUGCCUCAGCCCACUCGAACACCACCACCCAACAAGCGACUUCCAGGGCUCCCCACCCCAAGGUUGACGUUCCCUCGUCCUCCCCCAGGGCCACCUUCAUUAGCAGCAUCCUGUCUCAUAUCCCCCCCAUCAUCUCCGCCUGCACCCAAACUGAUGCCAAGGGACAAGCGGCGUUCGCCGCAGAGCUCUGUUGUGGUACAGGGUAAUAAUAUCCUGCUAUCAGCUACUCCGCCUACUAGACCACGAGCGCCGUCACGGUCCAAUCUUCCGACUCCGCCCCCAUCCAUGGCCCUGGACACUGCACCCGGUCCAAACACCAUUGAUGUCAUGAUUGCUGAACAGACCACGCACGAGAGCACCGAGAUGGAAGAGAGGGGCUCUGAUGUGGAUGAUGCACGUAGCCGCAACACAGGGCUGGAAAACCGUCCCCAGGCUCAGAAAGAAGCGCAGAUGAUUGAAGAGGAUGAUGAGGAGAAGGGUCUGGAGAGCCAUGACGAAUUCGAGGACGCCGAAGAGGAGUACAGACCCUCGGAGGAGGAGAUCAGGGUGCGGGAAUCAAGGCGAGAACAGAGUGAGCGUGCAUCCCGCUUGAUAGGCGAGAAAAUGCUUCAGGGCUGGACCAUGCUGCAGGAUCCCUGUCCCAACUCGGCAUGCAAUGGGGUCCCGUUGAUUAGGAACCGUGAAAGGAAAAAGGAGUAUUGUGUGAUCUGUGAAACGACUUUCCAGCGGGAGCAGGAUCUCGAGCAGGGAGUAUCUCUAGUCCCAUGGGUCUGCCAUCUUCCUUCCAUCACACUUCAUCAUUUCCUGCCCCUCCUUCGACCAUGCCUCCUGCUGUCCAUCGUAUAACCUCGCCUACAGUCGGUCCCUCGACAGGCUCACACAGAGUGACAUCUCCUCUUUCGAGCCCGAUCUCCGCACGCGCAACCCGCGAUCUCAAUGGCAGGAUCUCAAUUCCAAUUGUUCUGCCUCCUCCUGUACCCAUGUCGCCGAGCUUUGGGAUGACAAGCCAGCAGAUCUUGAGCAGACAUCAAAGCGAGGAUUUGGACAAACUGGCCUCUGAGGAUGAAGACAUGCGAAGGCACAUGCAAUUGAUCGGCAAGGUCAGCGAGUUUUCAUCUAGAUCGUUGCCGCCCGUUCCACCGGUGCCA